GUUUUUUCGUAGCCUGUUCUCACCUUGCAAUCUAGUCACUCAUACCCGCGCAAAGUAUCUGCAAGAACUCUACUAGAUGCUUAGGCCAUGCUGGACAUGCCGCAGCCGAACGAUUCAAUGCGAUCAAUCCCGGUCUCCUUGCUCAAAAUGCGAGAAAGCGGGGCUUGAAUGCCAUGAUAAAAGACCUCUGAGAUGGGUCAAAGGUGUGGCGAUUCGAGGUAAAUUACGGGGUCAUAUCUUUGAGCAAACGUCUAAGGCAUCUGGAAAUCCACGGACUGCACGACCAGGCAGGAAUCAAGUCUCGCUCACUUCAGCAAAGCGGCUACAAAUCCUCCAUACCCCCUCCUUUGCAAUGGAAGAUCCCCGUAUACAUAAUUUGGAUCAGUUAUCAAAGUACUAUAUCGAUUAUUAUAACAAACGAAUAUGCAACUUAUAUAUCUUGUUCGACAGUGACAAAAAUCCGUUCCGGAACUUGCUGUCGUUAGGCAUGGAGAACUUGGCUUUGCAAAAAUCCAUAGUCGCUCUUGCAGCUCGACACUUUGCCAAUACAGGCCACUCAUUUGAUGCGACCGAUGCGGUUGCCCCAUCUCGAUUUAUGAAAGCUAACACGGAUGCGCUUGUGUUCAAAACGCAAACCAUCGAGGCGUUGUCCUCGUCACUGCUAGACGCGGGGUCCCGGAGAUUGGAAACAACAAUGGCGACUAUUCUUCUUCUCAUAUUUCUAGACCUUCUCGAGUCCGGGAUUGACGGCUGGAACUCUCACCUCCAAGGUGCGAGAAGCUUGCUUAUGCUCAACCAGUGCUUCGUCGAUCCCAAUCCAGAACGUGGUUCGAACAUCGAUCCUGGAGACACGGUGCGAGAUACGAGACAAUUCAUAAUCGAACAGUUACUAUUGGUUGAAACUCUUGGAAGUGCGCUCUCAUAUCCCAAGACAGUGUCUGAAGCGUUUACCGGGAAUGAUGGAACCAAGCAUCAAGAGUCGGUUGUCAGGAGUUUCCUUGGGUGCCCAGGGUUUCUUCUGAGAGCAGUCCAAUUUUUCUCCGACCAAAGAUGUUUGAUUGCGGACGUCAAGGAACGAGAGCACCCUCCAAGUUCUUCAAUUUUACGAGACAUCAUGGAAAUGCUUGAGCUGACCGAAGGAUUUGAUUCUCUCGAGUGGGCGUCAGACUUUAAGCGACGAGCAGCUUCUCCUACAACGGAAGUCAAAAGCCUAUGCAUGUUAUCACAAGCAUACAAAGUAGCGACUCUACUAUAUGGAAGACGGGUGCUCAGCGCCCUAAGCACACAACCAACAUCCAAUAACGCGAAGCUAGUUUCGCAAUUGCUUAGCCUCAUCGAAGCUUUACAGAAUGAUGCCAUACUUUUCAAGUGUCUCCUUUGGCCGACCUUUAUUGCAGGGCUAGAGAGCUGGGCAAAGAGCCAACAGGCUUUCGUCAUGGAAUCAUUACGGGCACUCUGGGACUCAACGAGUUGUUUAAACGUGAUCGGUGCUUCAAAGAUCCUUCGAGAUCAUUGGAAACGAGAGGACUUCCCCGACGCUUUGAUGUGUGAGAUCUCCGAUGUUGGUGGAUUGGGUCGCGGCUGGCUACUGAUAUAAUAUUGAACGUGAUUGAGAUUUCUUCUUCGCCCUCGAGGGAUUAGCCUCGACGGAAUUAUGUAAAACAGGUGCUAAAGCCUUUCCGCCGCC